UGACGUCAUUAAAGGAAAGCGAGGCACGCCCUGAGAGUCACAUCUUAACGUAUGUAUAGAAACUCGCAAUGACAAGCUAUACUGAACCUAUUUAAUGAAAACUAGCACUUUACUUAAAUUGAACGCUGGUAAAGAUUACUUUGAAAGUAGUGAUUAUAUUUUACAAUUAUUUGAACUGGACCCAUUUAUGGACGCUGAAUUGGGACUUGUAUCUUUUUGUAAAGAAGCAUGUUCAGAAAUAAAACGCGCUAAAAAAAGAACUGCGUCUGUUGAACAAGUUAAGGAGGCCGAAGAAUUAGCUACCCGAAUCUUUAAACUGUACGUACUUCGCUUUGAAUCUGUCAAUCCUGAAGCCUGGUUCCAAAAACGUAUGAUGAAAAUACUAAAGUAUAGGAUGAGUGGUAAGAUUCUACAAGUCUAUCAAAACUACCAAUUGGACACGUUAUUGAGGUCUCAGGCCAUUGCAAGAAAGAUGGACAUGGAUAUGAACAAGCAAGCAAACAAUAUUAAAAAUAUCAUGCUUAAAUACCAAAAUAAACUCGAGGAUACAGUGCAAGAAGAGGUAUCUGAGGAAGAGGCAGCGCAAGAAGAGGCAUCUGAGGAAGAGGCAGUGCAAGAAGAGGUAUCUGAGGAAGAGGCAGCGCAAGAAGAGGUAUCUGAGGAAGAGGCAGUGCAAGAUGAGGUAUCUGAGGAAGAGGCAGCGCAAGAUGAGGAAGAAUCUGAAUGUUUAAACUUGGAGGAUGACGAAGACUCUGAUGAGGGAAGUGAGGAAAAUGAUAUAACCAUUAUGAGCAAUUUCUAUGACGAAUCAGGGCUUGAAAGAGAGUCGUUUUUCGAUGAAUAAUGCUGCCGAUGUACAAAGCAAUGCAUUAGUUAAAACCGUCACAGUAUAAAAAAAUUAUUUAAAAAAAAGUAAAACCAGAUUAUGUUUUGUU